CCGGGGAGUGAGAGAGAUCUCCAGCCGUGUUACCUGCCAGGCUGCGGCCCCUGCUACAAAGGGCAGAGGAGGUGUACAGCACCAAAGGGGAAGUGGCUCAGGGAAGCAAGGUGGACAGGAGGGGAACGAAGGAGGGCAGAAGGAGGCUGCCGCUAGAGGGUCCCUGGGUCGGGACCUAGAGCAGUGGGCGGGACUGGGUCCCCCUCUUCCUCCCUUAUACUGCAUCUGGCCACAGAAGACGGUGGCCAAUACAGACUGCAACUUGCCCCUGAGCUAAGGAGCUAGACUCUGGGUUGUGGUUGGCCACUGAGGCAGGUGUGAGUCCCAAAGACUGCUGUUAACACCCCCCACCCCGUGGAAGGGGGAGAGUCUGGAGUAUUGGGCACUGAGCGGAGAGCAACGUGGGUCCCAGAGCAGAGCAGACAGUGGGCAAGACAACACGCGCUGAGGGCACUACGCAGUGGACAGAGCUAAUUCCCAGGACGACCAGGGGGAGGCACCAGUGGUGAAGAAGCCAUGGCUGCUGUGAAUCCUGGAAAAAUGCUCCUAGGUGUACUGACUUGUUUAGUGUGUCAAGAUUAUUUUAAAGAUCCAGCGUGCCUAGAUUGUGGGCACAAUUUCUGCCAAGCCUGCAACACUCAGUGCUGGCAGGGAUUGCAUGAGGCUGCUGAGGAUUACAAGGAAAAAAUUCAGAGCUAUUUGGAGAUUUUGAAGAAAGAGAGAGAAGAGAUUCUAUCACUUCAAUCGAGUGGGGAAAAUAAAAGCCAGGAACUGCUGAAACAGCUAAAAAAAAAGAGGCAAAAGAUUGCGUCUGAAUUUCAGCGACUAUGCCAGUUUCUGGAAGAACGACAGAAAUUCCUGCUGGCCCAGCUGGAAGAGCUGAAUAAGGAAAUUGAAAAGAACACGCUGUCAUCUGGACUGUUGUACAAAGUGAACGUGACUCUGGAUCCAGACACGGCCCAUCCCGAACUCAUCGUGUCUGCGGAUCGGAGAAGUGUGAGAAGGGGAGACACACAGCCGGCUCUGCCCAAGAACAUUGAGAGAUUUGACACUGCGCUCUGUGUGCUGGGCUGUGAGGGAUUCACCUCGGGCAGACAUUACUGGGAGGUGGACGUGAAGGUAGAGAUAGAGGUGGAGGGGAAGGGAUUCUGGGCUAUGGGGGUGGCCAGAGAGUCUGUGAGCAGGAAGGGACCAUUAAGCUUUACCCCUGAGCAGGGGAUCUGGGCUUUGGAGGGAUGUGAGGAUGAGUUCUGGACUCACACAUUAACUGAGCAGUUCAACAGCUUCUCCCGGAGCCGGGCACCCAACAGGAUCCGGGUUUAUCUGGACUACGAACGGGGGCGGGUGGAGUUUGUCAAUGCGGGUAGCGGGGACGUGAUCCUCACUUUCCCAUCGGCCUCUUUCGCUGGGGAGGGAAUCUACCCCUUCUUCUGGGUGGGAUUCAGGGGCUCAGGCUCCCGGCUCACACUGUGUCCCUGAAGUGCCCGUGUGUCGCCUGGAAACGGGCUCCUCCAGCCUCCACCCUCCUGAUCUAUGGCUGUGGUGCUCUGUGUGGGGCGCUCUACCCUGGGUCUCUGUUUCUUGGAAGCCAACUCUGUCUGGCGUGGGGUCCCACCACGGAAGGAGGGAGCCCCCUGUGUUGUAACUGCAGUUAAUAAAUAUAUAUAUUGAAUAAAUUUCAAUUGGUAUUCAAUUGUUUAACAGUGCAAUUAAAAGGGCAAUUAUUCACACUUAA